AUGUUGCGUCACAUUCAAAACCAAGUCACCAAGCAUACCCUCAGUGACGGUGAAGUCCUCGCGGUCGGCGGCUCAGACUCAGACUCCGAUUCCUCGUCGUCCGAAUCAUCUUCCGAAUCCUGCAGUAGUGAUGCUGAGUCAACUUCCGAGCCGCAAGCAGUGCCUCAAUCUCUUUUGCACGUGCUUGAUCAUCCGCUAUGCUCUCUCAGCAAGCUACUUGGUCACAAUAACGAGGAUCCCGAUAGUUCAGAACCAGAGGGCGAAAAUGCAUCUUCCGGCUCGGAUGAUGAAGAAGCUGGGGAAGCUGGGUUAAGUGGCUGCGUCAUAUGCCCCGGUAAACGGUUAAAAACAGAUAAUUUGGCUACACAGCAUCUCAAAAGCAAAGCCCAUCUCCGCAGGCUAGAGCGAUAUCGGGACUUCAUCCACAAUCCACCUCCUCAUACCCUACUUUCACCUGAUCCGAUGGACGUGGUGGAUCUUCUUGACAGUUUGACGGGGCCACCUCCUGUUUUACCACCUGGAACAAAAUCUACCUCAUCAAAGGGUAAACGGAAAAAAAGAGAAAAACGUCGAGCAAGGCGAUUACUCUCUACUGAAAAACCAUCGAUGGGGAAAUCCUCUGAAGUGAAAGUGGAUUCUAUCGCUGGGGAAGCUGCAAGAUUAGCUGCUUCCACUCAACUCAAAUCAGGAAAUGUAAAAUCGAAAAAAGCCUCAGAUACAACCAAACGGAAACGGGCCCGCAAAAACGACAAACCUCAAAGUCAAGAAUGA